AUGCGGUAGUAAGUGUCUGUAAUUGAUAGGGAAAGUCAAAUUUAACAGAUUAAUAUGUAUCGUGGUCGGCCUCCACCUCGAGGAGGGUAUCCUCCGCCGUACGAGGGCCGUGGUCCCCCGCCUGGCCGGCCGUAUCCUCGGCCUCCGUUUAGAGAAGAAAGAGGCAGGCCUAGACCGCCGUUUGACAGUUACCAUGACGGUCCACCUCCAGACCCGUACAGGCGUUCUCCACCGCGUAGGAGGUAUCCUUCAGCCGGUUCAGGAAGUCGCAGAGGACCAGGCGGUGAAUACUGGGGCAGCGGCCCUCCCCAAAGAGAAGUAAGUGCAAUAAUUAUUUGCAAUUUACUGUACUAGCUACCUGACCAGCCUACCACUAGUUAAUUACAUUGGUAAAUGUAGCUAUAAUUGUUGGGGGUAACGAGGCUAGUUGGCAUAACCAUUUGAUCACUGUUUAUUGUUAGCUGAAGCAGUAUCUGGGGUGUAUUCAUUACGUCUUGCAACGGAAACAGUUUAUCGUUUAAGAACCAAACUGAAGGAAACUGGGCGGGGUCUACCUUUAUAUUGUCCAAUAGAAACUCUCGUUUUCGUCACAAAACAUUAAUUUGGAGUAAACGGUUUCUGUUGGAGAAAAAAAAUCAAGCAACGGACAAAACGUUUUGCAACAGAAUUGGCGUAAUGAAUAAGCUUCUUUGCAUGGUAGGAGACAAUGAAUAUGACAAGUCUCCUCUCUAGCACAGUUUGCUACCAUUCAUUUUCCCAUUAGACAGUUCUGCAAGCAUUAUAACGUCAAAAUACGUUCUUUACUCACCAAAUAUGGAGUUUCGCUGAGCAACUUUCAUCAUGUACUGCCAUCAUGCCUGGUAUGUACUUCCAAAAAAUGUCUACAUUAAAAUUUACAAGCACCCCAAAAAAGUAUUGUUUUUGACCAAGUGCGCAUGCGCCAAAUCCACCUCUUCAGAAAGAUCACUAUAAAAACAUAUUCUUGUCUACUUCAUCUAUUUAAAUACAGAGGUGAAAGUAAGGCGGUCCGGUACAGUGUCCCGGCAAACUAAAUAGUGGGGGUACGCCAUACCGGUAAAACAUUAGCCUAUCACAAUAAUGAAAACAAAUGUCAAGAAAACUAUAGGCUACUACCCCAUUAUUUAUAAUUACCGUAUGUCAGAGGAAGGAAAAAUUAGCAUGUGAAAACGGGUGGACACCCUACAAUCCAAAAUGCAAUGUGGUUCGACAAGAACACAGACAUUUUGCCAAGGCAGAGAUGAAUGGCGGACACACGAGACACGCGCAGACAGCAGUGGAGGCAUUAAUUCUGGCCUAAUGACAAUCGCCAAAUGUCAUUACACUUUUUGGUGUUUUGUGUAACAGAUGUCUCUCUCCAUUCACCACUGUUUGGAGGUUGAAAAUAAGUUGCGAGUGGAUGAACGUGCACGGGUAACCUAGUAAAGGUGCCCUUUGAAGUGAUUGUUUGACAAUCAAAUGAAAACUUCAUGACUGGUUGGGUUUAUGCCACAAUAAAAGGUAAUACAUUUUUAAAACUCAAAUUUGUAUGGCUAGGCCCACAGAGAUGCUAUUGAAUUAAUAAGGAUUCUAAAUAUAAUUCUCUGAUUAGGCCCCACGGCCGGCAUGCCCAUUAUGCAGGAUUAGGUAGCUGCCCAGUUUGACGAGGGCGGCAUUUUCCAAACUAAACUGACCAAGACGCACCUCCAACAACGCAUAACGCCUCACAUUAUUCUGCCCAAAAACAAUGAUAAAAGGCAGGUGUGCAAAAUAUAAUUUGCUUGUCUGUGCCCAGUGCGCCUCUCCAGGGUGCUGUUGGAGAGACGUGGCGCUCCACCAACGCUGCAUCACAUUCAUUUUAACAGAAAUCAUGUAGCCUACGGUAGAAAGAGUAGUAGCCUAUGUGGUUUUUCUGUAUCCCAUAGACUGGAGACCAAAUGUAUUACAAUGUCAUGAGACAGACACUUUUUCAAUCAUAUACUUAUUAAUGAGGAGGGAGAGUGCAGGAGAAAGUCAACCAAAAAGUCAAGCGGGCAGACAUCAGCUUUGGAGCGGCUGCAGCAUAAUCAGAGGUGGACAGCAAAUGGUGCUAAAAGUUUUUCAUUUCAACAAUUGUCUUCAUUUUAAUUCGACUUCACUAACAACAUGAGGGCUUUGUUGGAGCCUAUUUCUUCCUAUAUAAAAAAAAAAAGAGGUAGGCCUACCUGUUUGACAGAUGCAGUUAUGCUAUCCAUAGAUUUGUCAUUUAUAGCCAAAUCCUCCAAUGCUGUCACCAUGCACUCCUUAAAUACAUCCGUGUCUAGGAAUGGCAUGGCUUGGUGUUUGGUUAAAACCAGGGCUCAAAUUGAGUGAGGGUAUGACAUACCCUUUCUUAAAGAAAAGGGCCUUAUACUAGAAACAAGCUUUAAAAUGCCCACAAAAGAAGUGACUGAUGCAUAUGGAGAUAUAUUGAUUCCUCUCUGACAUUCUGAAGCUGAGCUUGGUAUUUUUUUAGGAUCCCCAUUAGCUGUUUUGCGAACGCAGCAGCUGCUCUUCCUGGGGUCCACACAAAACAUGAAACAUGACAAUACAGAACAUUAAUAUACAACAGCUCAAGGACAGAACUACAUCAAUUUAAAAAAGGCACACGUAGCAUACAUAUCAAUACAUACACACAAACAAUCUAGGUCAAAUAGGGGAGAGGUGUUGUGCUGUGAGGUGUUGCUUUAUAAUUUUUUUUAAACCAGGUUUGCUGUUCAUUUUAAUAAUAUGAGAUGGGAUGGAGUUCCAUAUAAUAAUGGCUCUUUAUAAUACUGUACGCUUUCUUGAAUUUGUUCUGGAUUUGGGGACUGUGAAUAGACCCCUGGUGGCAUGUCUGGUGGGUUAAGUGUGUGUGUCAGAGCUGUGUGUAAGUUGACUAUGUAAACAAUUUGGGAUUUUCAACACAUUGUUUCUUAUAAGAAGUGAUGCAGUCAGUCUCCGCUCAACUCUUAGCCUAGAGAGACUGGCAUGCAUAGUAUUUAUAUUAGCCCUCUGAUUACAAUGAAGAGCAAGAAAUGCCGCUCUGUUCUGGGCCAGCUGCAGCUUAACUAGGUCUAUCCUUGAAGCACUUGACCACACGACUGGACAAUAAUCAAGAUAAGACAAAACUAGAGCCUGCAGGACUUGCUUUUUGGAGUGUGGUGUCAAAAAAGCAGCCCAUCUCUUUAUUACAGACAGACCUCUCCCAUCUUUAUAACCAUUUAAUCUAUAUUUUUUGACCAUGACAGUUUACAAUCUAAGGUAACACCAAGUAAUUUAGUCUCAACUUGUUCAACAGCCACACCAUUCAUUACCAGAUUCAGCUGAGGUCUAGAACUUAGGGAAUGAUUUGUACCAAAUACAAUGCUCUUAGUUUUAGAUGUUCAAGACCAGUUUAUUAUUGACCACCCAUUCCAAAACAGACUGCAACUCUGUGUUAAGCAUUUCAGUGACUUCAUUAGCUGUGGUUGCUGAUGCAAACAUGGACACACAUGCUUUGUUUAAUGCCAGUGGCAGGUCAUUGGUAAAAAUAAGAAGAGUAGAGGGCCUACAAAGCUGCCCUGCGGUACUCCAUACUUUACAUGUUUGACAUUAGAGAAGCUUCCAUUAAAGAAAGCUCUGAAUCAUGAUAUGGCAGAGGUUGAAAAGCCAUAACACAAGUUUUCUCAAUAACAGGUUAUGGUCAAUAGUAUUACAUUUACAUUUUAGUCAUUUAGCAGACGCUCUUAUCCAGAGCGACUUAUAGUUAGAGUGCAUACAUUUUUCAUACUGGCCCCUCGUGGGAAACGAACCCACAACCCUGGCGUUGCAAGCGCCAUGCUCUACCAACUGAGCUACAGGGGACCAAAGGCUACACUGAAAUCUAACAGUACAGCUCCCAUAAUCUUCUUAUCAAUUUAUUUCAACCAAUCAUCAGUCAUUUGUCAAGGCAGUACAUGUUGAGUGCCGUUCUCUAUAAGCACGCUGAAAGUUUAUUGUUAAUUUGUUUACAGAGGAAAAAAAUAUGUUUUACAACAGCUGCGGCCUUGAAUAUUCGAGGAGACAAAAAGCUUUUCCAUUUCUGAAAAGAGAUGUUUAAACCCUGGCAGCUUUUAUGGAAGCACUUCUGUUGUUGGGUUAAGCAACGGACGAGUAGCCAGCAGUUGAAGCUUAUAUUUUUCUAGGUCAGUCGAGUCUCUGGGUGAAAAGGUAACUUUUGAAAGUGCCAGGCUUAGAUUCAUAAGGAUGUCUAAUAUUUAAUUAUUUGCAAACAGCAACCGUUUCAUUGCAAACAAGGCACUCUGGUUUGACGUUGGAGAAAUAUGGUAAGAAUGCCUAAUUCUCUGUCCAUUCUUCCCUGAAACUUCUAUUUUCAUUAUCCACCUUUUGAGACUUUUUCAGAGCGACGUUUUCUCUUGAUUGCAAGCCGUUUUUCCCCAAUCAACUCACAAAGAAAUAUAAAAAACAAAUUUAAAAGACAUUGGUGAUUUUAUCAUUGUAAUCAGAUUGAAAAUAUUAGGAUAUGUUAUUGACAUGUAACUGAUUAUAUAGCAUACUAACCAGAUAUGUUAAACAUUUGUUUAAUUUGUAGCAUAGGCCUAUGAAUUGAGCUGCUAUUAUGUUCUAUGUUGACUAUUAGUGAGAAAAAUUUUUUGGGGUGCACACAGGUCGUUGCGUACUGGGAAGAAAUUAAAUCUACUUUCACCCCUGCUUAAAUAAUUGUAAAACAUACCCUAUUGUCUCAUUCGUCUUCUUAUAUAAUGUUAUUAUAUUGCAUUCCAUGUAACACUUGUGAAAUAACAGGUUGAUAUGACAUUAUACACUGUUGUAGGCAGAGGUGGCACCACAGGUCCCAGAGUGGUGUGGUGAAAAAAAAACAUUCUGGUGCCCAUAUAUUUUCUUGAUCUGGUAACCUAACUCCGGACCUUAUACGGUAUGAUGUGAUUCAUCUGUUUUAAAAAUGUUUAAUAUGGGCUAUGUUCAGAUCAUGGUUGUAUUAAUUAGGUCACAUGGUUUUUAAAAACUCCUGGCGUUGGAGAGGAUGAAAACUCUGACAAACUGCACCAACCUUGUACUUGUUCAUAUGAAUGAUAUUUUGAAGAAGGGCUAAGGGGAUUCCUAUACACGGACACAGAUAAAGUAACAUGAUUGGACAAUAAAACUCAUAGGGCUGAGCUUGCUUUAUGCAGGUUUGCUUGGUGUACUGCCCUAUGCAACCUUAGGCCUAAUAAUUGUAUUUAUUUAUAGUCUGUCAGCUAUUGUUUAAUUAAUUCCAGUUAAUGAUUUUGAUGGAUUGAAAAACUCUAGGUAGCCUAGUCAACCCAAGUUUGAAUAUAAACCAAAUGUAAUCCCAUUCACAUAUUUUCUCACAAACAAAUUGGCUAUUCAGUGCCUACAGAAAGUAUUCACACCCCUUGACUUUUUCAACAAACAAAUAAAUCCACAGCCUGGAUUAAAUUGAGAUUGUGUCACUGAUUCACAGAUUCAACCACAAAGACCAGGGAGGUUUUCCAAUGCCUCGCAAAGAAGGGCACAUAUUGGUAGAUGGGUAAAAAUACAAACAGAAGAUAUUGAAUAUCCCUUUGAGCAUGGUGAAGUUAUGAAUUACACUUUGGAUGGUGUAUCAAUACACCCACUACAAAGAUGCAGGCGUCCUUCCUAACUCAGUUGCCGGAGAGCAAGGAAACCACUCAGGGAUUUGGAAUGGUGACUUUAAAAUAGUUAUAUUUUGUGGUCCUCUGUAGCUCAGCUGGUAGAGCACGGCGCUUGUAACGCCAAGGUAGUGGGUUCGAUCCCCGGGACCACCCAUACACAAAAAAAAAAAUGUAUGCACGCAUGACUGUAAGUCGCUUUGGAUAAAAGCGUCUGCUAAAUGGCUUAUUAUUAUUAUUUAUUAUUAAUGCCUUUGAUAGGAGAACUGAGGAUGGAUCAACAACAUUGUAGUUACACCACAAUACUAACCUAAUUGACAGAGUCAAAAGAAGGAAGCCUGUACAGAAUACAAAUAUUCCAAAACAUGCAUACUGUCUGCAAUAAGGCACUAAAGUAAAACUGCAAAAAAUGUGAGCAAGGACUAGGGAGUUUUUUAGGAUAAAAAUAAACGGAAUAGAGCUAAGCACAGGCAAACCUGGUUCAGUCUGAUUUCCAACAGACACUGGGAGACUAAUUCACCUUUCAGCAGGACAGUAACCUAAAACGCAAGGCCAAAUCUACACUGGAGUUGCUUACCAAGAUGACAAUGAAUGUUCCUGAGUGGCCUAGUUAGUUUUAACUUAAAUCGAUGUGAAUGCUUAUGUACAUUCAAUAUUUUUAUUUCAUUUUCAAUAAAUUAGCAAAAAUGUCACUGUCAUUAUGGGGUGUUGUGUGUAGAUGGGUGAGGAAAAAAUCAGUUGAAUCCAUUUUGAAUUCAGACAGUAACACAAGAAAAUGUGGAAUUAGUCAAGGGGUAUGAAUACUUUCUAAAGGCACUGUAAAUGCACAACAUUAUCGCUUCGUUUACGCUGGCCAGAGGGACAGGCCGCAUAGUAGGCUAGACUAUGCAGCCGCUGUUGUUAGUAGUCUACAGUUGAUCAGACUAAAAAAUAGACUUGUUCCAUGCAAUACAGCGUGUCAGAUCGCUAAUGUUUAGGUCACAGUAGGUUGGUGGCACCUUAAUUGGGGAGGACAGGCUUGUGCUAAUGGCUGGAGCGUAAUCAGUGGAAUGGUAUGAAACACAUGGUUUCUAUGUGUUUGAUGCCACUCCAUUUUCCCUCUGUUCCAGCCAUUAUUAUGAGCCGUCCUCCCCUCAGCAGCCUCCACUGAUUUAGGUGUAUAGGCUGCUACAUUUAUGUACGAGUUGUAACUUGUCUUUCGGGAGUGAUGUGUUAUCAGACUUGCUAAAUAAAUACAGGCGGAAAGUGGAGCGCGCAUCUUGAGCAUUGUGCCCGGCCCUGAUUGGUCAAGACACGCAAAGUGCCUGCAGCAGCACUCCGAUGUGAAGGACAGAGAAAUUGUGCACGGGUUGACAAAUCAUGAGACAAAUUUGUUAAAAAACAUCAACAAAAAACAGCACUUUGCCCCGCUUUUUUUACGCUUUGCGUCAAUAUACACUGAGUAUACAAAACAUUAAGAACACCUGCUCUUUCCAUGACAUAGACUGACUAGGUGAAUCCAGCUGAAAGCUGUGAUUCCUUAUUGAUGUCACUUGUUAAAUCCACUCGAAUCAGUGUAGAUUAAGGGGAGGAGACAGGUUAAAUAAGGUUUUUUAAGCCUUGAUACAAUUGAGACAGGGAUUGUGUAUGUGUGCUAUUCGGAGGGUGAAUGGGCAAGACAAAAAAUGUAAGUGCCUUUGAAUGGGUUAUGGUAGUAGGUGCCAGGCGCACCGGUUUGUGUCAAGAACUGCAACGCCGCUGGGUUUUUCACAAUCAACAGUUUCCCGUAUAUAUUAAGAAUGGUCCACCACCCAAAGGACGUCCAGCCAACUUGACACAACUGUGGGAAGCAUGGGAUUCAACAUGGGCCAGCAUCCCUGUGGAACGCUUUCGACACCUUGUAGAGUCCAUGCCCUGACGAAUUGAGGCUGUUCUGAGGGCAAAGGGGGAGUUGUAAUUCAAAAUUAGGAAGUUGUUCCUAAUGUUUGGUAUACUCAGUGUAUUUUAUUAAACUAUACUGAACAAAAAUAUAAAUGCAACAUGAAACAAUUUCAACAAUUUUACUGAGUUACAGUUCAUAUAAGGAAAUCAGUUAAUUGAAAUAAAUUCAUUAGGCCCUAAUCUGUAGAUUUCACAUGACUGGGCAGGGGCGCAGCCAUGAGUGGGCCUGGUAAGGUCCAGCCAAUCAGAAUGCGUUUUUCCCCACAAAAGGACUUUAUUACAGACAGAAUAUCCCGCAGGUGAAGAAGCCGGAUGUGGAGGUCUUCAAUUCUCUGGCAACUGCUCUGGUGGAAAUUCCUGCAUUCAACAUGCCAAUUGCAAGCUCCCUCAAAAUCAUCUGUGGCAUUGUAAUAAUAAUAAUAAUAUGCCAUUUAGCAGACGCUUUUAUCCAAAGCGACUUACAGUCAUGCGUGCAUACAUUUUUUUUUUUGUGUAUGGGUGGUCCCGGGGAUCGAACCCACUACCUUGGCGUUACAAGCGCCGUGCUCUACCAGCUGAGCUACAGAGGACCACAUUGUGUUGUGUGACAACUGCACAUUUUAGUGUCCAUUUAUUGUCCCGUUCACAAUGUUUACGUGUGUAAUGUUCGUGCUGUUUAAUCAGCUUCUUGAUAUGCCACACCUGUCAGGUGGAUGGAUUAUCUUAGUAAAGGAGAAAUGCUCGCUAACAGGGAUGUAAACCAAUGUGUGCACAACAUUUGAAAGAAAUAAGCUUUUUGUGCAUAUGGAACAUUUCCUAAAUCUUUUAUUUCAGCUGAUGAAACAUGGGACCAACACUUAACAUGUUGUGCUCAUAUUUUUGUUCAGCGUACCCUACCGUUCAAAAUGGUUUUUCUUUAUUUUUACUAUUUUUUACAUUGUAGAAUAAUAGUGAAGACAUCAAAACUAUGAAAUAACACAUAUGGAAUCAUGUAGUAACCAAAAAAGUGUUAAACAAAUCAAAAUAUAUGUUAUAUUCUUAAAAUAGCGACCCUUUGCCUUUGACAGCUUUGCACACACUUGGCAUUCUCUCAACCACAUAUGCUGAGCACUUGUUGCCUGCUUUUCCUUCACUCUGCCGUCCGACUCAUCCCAAACCAUCUCAAUUUAGUUGAGUUCGAGUGAUUGUGGAGGCCAGGUCAUCUGAUGCAGCACUCCAUCCCUCUCCUUCUUGGUAAAAUAGCCCUUACACAGCCUGGAGGUGUGUUGGGUCAUUGUCCUGUUGAAAAACAAAUGAUAGUCCCACCAAGCCCAAACCAGAUGGGAUGGCGUAUCGCUGCAGAAUGCUGUGGUAGCCAUGCUGGUUAAGUGCGCCUUGAAUUCUAAAUAAAUCACAGACAGUGUCACCAGCAAAGCACCCCCAUACCAUAACACCACCUCCUCCAUGCUUUAUGGUGGGAAAUACACAUGCAGAGAUAAUCCGUUCACCCACUCCGCGUCUCACAAAGACACAGGGGUUGGAACAAAAAAUCUCAAAUUUGGACUCCAGACCAAAGGACACAUUUCCAGAGGCUUAAUGUCCAUUGCUCAUGUUUCUUGGCCCAAGCAAGUCUCUUCUUAUUAUUAUUGGUGUCCUUUAGUAGUGGUUUCUUUGCAGAAAUUUGACCGUGAAGGCCUGAUUCACACAGUCUCCUCUGAACUGUUGAUGUUGAUGUGUCUGUUACUUGAACUCUGUGAAGCAUUUAUUUGGGCUGCAAUUUCUGAGGCUGGUAACUAAUGAACUUAUUUUUGUUCAGUAUAAAGCCAAAGUGGUGUGGCGCUGCCUCCUGAUUGAAAAGUGCUGUGGCAAAUGCCGCCUCGCCACACGUUUUCCGGCAGGCCUGGUUGUAGGAAAUAAAAUAAAUGAACUUUCGGGAUACUGUGCAGACCUGUGCAUGGCAGUAAUGAGUGAUUUGUAUUGGUGCCGAAGAGGUGGAUUUGGCACAUGCGGACUUGGUCAAAAACAAGACAGAUUAUUUCCAGACAAUGGUUUUUGGUUGCGUGUAAAUGUUUAUUUAGACCUUUUUUUGGAAGUACAUAUCAGUUACGCACCAAAACUCCAUAGUAACGUACGUAUUUUGACAUAACGUUUGCAGUGCUGUCUAAUGGGAAAAUGAAUGGUAGCUCACUGGGCUAGUGAGGAGACUCGUCAUAUUCAUUCUCCUCCUCUGCCCAGAUACUGGUUAAAUUGUUAGCUAGCUAGCUAACGUUAGCUACAAGUGCAGGUGCCAUUUUAAAAAAAAACAUUGGGAUUGGAAGUUAGUCUGUUCCCUUGCACUGGCUCGUAUUUCCUUUUUACUGGAGCAAUGCUUCAAUUGCACAAAAUGCUGUCUAAUCAUUUCAAAAUCGAAAAUAAUGCAGUGUUAUGAAACUGAUUACAGUUUUUAAGGAAAUUCAUUACAAAUCUAUUUCUGUCAUUAGAGAUCUCCAUCUCCUCCCCGUGGUGGCAUCCCCACUGACCACAAUCUGGUAAUCACUGUGGGCAAUGAGUUGACUGGACCACCUGGGGUAGGGCUACCCUCAAGAGACUACCCUCCUUACCUGCCAAAGAGGUCCAGUUAUGACGGCCCUGAUGACCGUGGCCCCAGGCGGCAGAGUCCCAGCAGGGGGAGAAGCCGUCCUCGUAGUCGCAGCCCGGGAAUUGGGGGACGGAGCAAGAGCCGUGCUCGAAGUCGCAGCCCUGCAAUGGGGGGAAGGAGUAAAAGCCGUGCUCGAAGUCGCAGCCCUGCAAUGGGGGGAAGGAGUAAAAGCCGUGCUCGAAGUCGCAGCCCUGCAAUGGGGGGAAGGAGUAAAAGCCGUGCUCGAAGUCGCAGCCCUGCAAUGGGGGGAAGGAGUAAAAGCCGUGCUCGAAGCCGCAGUCCUGCAAUGAGGGGACGGAGCAAAAGCCGUGCUCGAAGCCGCAGCCCUGAAAUGAGGGGACGGAGCAAAAGCCGGGCCCGAAGUCGCAGCCCUGAAAUGAGGGGACGGAGCAAAAGCCGGGCCCGAAGCAAAAGCCCUGAAAUGGGGGGGCGGAGCAAGAGUCGUCCGCCAUGCAGGUCCCGAAGCAGGAGCGGGAGUCGUGGCCAGAGCUAUGGUCGGGCCCGCAGUAUGAGCAGAGCACAGAGCAGAGCAAAGAGUGUUGGUCAACGCAGGAGCCGCAGUAUCAGUACUAGUAGCACCAGCAGUAGCAGGAGCAGCAGGGGAGAUGAUGAUAAGAUAAAGAAGACGAGCGGGUUCAAGGAGCUGGAGUUGGCCCGUCGCCGCAAAGAGAUGGAAGACAUACUGAAUAUUCCCACAAAGUCCAUCCUGAAGAGGCGCAUGGACUCUGAGACUGACUCCCCCUCAUAUGUGCAGGUAGGGGACAAUGUCAUUUUAUUACUAUGUUAAAUUAAUUAUGUUGCAUAUAGCUGUGUAAUGUAUUACCCAUCUCUAUACUCACUCUAACCCUGUCAUCCCACAAGGCUUUUCUUUAUCCAAAUUACUAUUCAUGAUUAAUUUGGUAAUCAUUCUUUUGUUUUUGUUUUGCAGAACAGUAAUUCGCCAAGAGUUGACCCUGCUGGUGAGGCUGAGGCAGAGCGUCUCCUCUCAGCUAUGAAAGGCAUGGACCCUAUCAUGUUGGCCACCAUGCUGGGGGAACUGAGGGAUGACCCGCACAUGGCCCAGGGUAGGCUGGACCCCAGUGGGAUUGCAGGGAUCCUUGACCUGUUGGGAGGUGCACCUGCACCGCAGGAGGAGAAAAAGAGGGUACCAGACAUUGACGAUGAGGAGAAGUUCCUUUAUGGAGAUGAAGAUGAUGUAGAGCGGGGCAGAGCUCCAGCAGAAGCUCCCCGUCAGCACAGUCUGUCAGAGCUCUAUGGUGAUAUUAUGAGUGAGCCAGCACGCUAUGGCGCCUCACCGCACCUAGAGGGCCAUCCUGGUAUUGUCGAUCCGAGAAGCUCUCGUCAGCAACAGGUGGACAUGAGGUAUCGGCAUCAAAGCAGGUCCUCUGCCACCCCUGACCAUAAUAUCAAGGUUGAAGAGCCUAAUGACUACCCACCAGGAACAGGGCCACUGGAAGGGAAGGAGAAGCAAGACGUGGAGGAGUACGAGAAGAUCCAGGACCUCCUCAAAACCAUUGGGUUGGACCUGGGGGUGACGGAGAUCAGCAAGAUGGCUGCCAGGACUCAGGAGCGUCUGCAUGGAAAGAGGCCCCCUCCAAUAAAAAACUCCCGUCGACUUGGCAAGAGGCGGGGUUGCCGUGACUCUUCAGGAAGCUCAGACGGGAGCAGGGGCAGGCGUAGGAGCCACAGUGGGAGCAGCUCUAGCAGUCGUAGCCACAGCCCGAGCCGGAGCAGCAGCCGUGAUGACAGCAGGAGCCGGAAGAAGUCACCCCCAUCUGACAGGCACAGCACCCAUGGGAAGAUUCGAGGCGCCAGAGAGGUGAGGACUGAGGACAGUAGCUGGGGGCAAAAGGCUUCACAAGCCCCUGAAACUACUCCAGUGCCACCCGCCCACCCAUCUCUCUCCAUGCCUGCCUACGCCCAAGCCCAGGCGCAUGGUCUGGUACCGCCCAACUAUCCACCUCCUGGCUAUGGGCAGUAUGGGAACUGGCCUUACAUGCCCCAACAGUGGCCCAUGUACCCACCUCCAUCUAUGGGCAUGCCGCCUCAAUCUCCCAUUGAAGAUUUUCCGAACGUCCCGCCUUUUGACAGACCAUACCUUAAAGUCAUCCAGCCAGAGUUGCACCAGGGGGGUGAUCGAAAGGGUGAGAAUAAACUGAUGGCAUAGAAUAAGUGAAUGUUUAAUUACUUGUUCAUUCCCCAUCAAUAUAUAUAUUUUCUUGUGAUCAAUGAAACUGCAGCACUUAACUCCUGUCUGAUUCUGUACAUUCUUCCUAUAUAGCAUCAUCCAAUAUGGCCCCUCAAGAUAAUGGCAAGGACAGGAGGGUUUUAGAAGAGCGAAAUAAUGAAAGCCAAAAACAAAAGGUAGGGCAUUCAGCUAUCCACUUCAAUUCAAAUGUCAUUUGACACUGUUUUCGCUUGUUUUGUUCUCUUUCCAUACACUAGUUCUCUCAUGAUUCUCCUUCAUUCUAUAGGUUCUUGAAGAACGGGAAAAACUGAGACGAGACAGAGAGAUCCGCAUGAAAAAGAAAGAUUAUCUCAUGAAGGAACUGGAGAGAUUGCGGAAACAGCAAGGUACUUCAAUCAUCUCAUUCCUUUCCUAUAGAUCUUCGUAUUUUAAUGUAUAAAUGUUCAUUCUGUUUUUGCACAGUUGAAUAAAACAUGUAUUGUCUUUGUAGGGGAGCUUCUGCGCAAAAAGCGGCGUGAAAAGGAUGGCCAUAAGGACCCGUUACUGUCCGAGAUCAGUCGGCUGCAGGAAGAGGUCAUGACUCAGAUUGCUGAGCUCCGCAAAGAGCACGAGGUAGCAGAGAAGAAAAGAUCCGAGCUCGACAAGGUGGCUCUCAUUCUCGGUCUACAACCAACUGACAAGCCCCGGCGAGAGGGUAGGGCUUCUAGGGACCUUGAGCAGCCAACACACCCACCACCUCCAGAGAAGGAGAAGAAAAAGGAGCGUGCGCACAUCCGAGAGAAAUCACCUGUGGCCCAUGCUUCUGCUAAGGUAGAAUUCCGUAAGCUGCUCCAGGCACAAGCCAGAGAGCUGAAGUACUGGUAAAACCUUAAUUGCUGCAGAAACGUAAUUAUUUUGUAGAAAUUCACAUGAAGCCUUUGCUUUAUUUUAGAAUGAGUCUAAAUGACUUCCUGAAUAACUAUUCUAAAGGGCUGGUUUGGAUUUAAAUGUCUACUUGCCCUUGUCUGAUCCAUUAAAUACCAGUAAGCAGUAUUUACUUUGAAUACCUGGCAUUCAGCCUUCUGCUUAUACAUCAUAUAUGGGGUUAAUCAAUGUUGGUGCAACUACUCAAUCUAACCUGGAUGAACCGUGUGCUCUGUCAUAUGUUGGUGUUGCCCAAGAGGCAGAGUUUGACUCCUCGAUUUAAUACUCUUUGUAUGCCAAUGUCUGACCCAACUGAUCUCAUAACUGGUCUGCAAAUUCAUGCAUGUUUACAAAUGAAUGUGUUUUAUACCUGCAACCUAGGUGGGAGCUGUUCACUUUCAUAUGGCCAACAGUUGGGAUUAAGCUUAGGGGUCUCUUCCUACAUUUUACAAUAUUUCUAGGAGUUAACAGUAUUUGUUGUUUAUGAAAGACCACAACCAUGUCAAACUUUUUCUCUAAAAGAGUUUCUGGAGAUGCCAAACUCAGGUAAGAUGUUUGUGUUAGAAGCUUGGAUUUAGAGUAUUUACAUUCAUAAAUUGAAAGAUGGCCAUCUUUCUCCCCAGUUGUUUGGAAACUGUCAUUUCAUGAAAGCAUUUUCACAAUCAACAUGUAGGUAGGAGAUCAGAGAUUAGUUGGGAUGAAUACUUUGCAUACAGAGAGGGAUCCUAGUUAUGUGGACUGUUUUAAUCCUUUCCAUUGGCUCUAAUUCUUUAUAAAAAAAAAAAAAAUUAAAAUAACAUGUUAAUAGGGUGAUCACUCAUCUAUAAUUUCUUGUUCAAAAACGUAAUCAUAGGGUAUUCAAUUUAAAUAGAAGUUAUUGAAUAUGGAAAACAUAUCGUUUGAAGACAAGAAUACACCAAAAUUGAACAUUUUCAUCUUUACAGUAGAGCAGAGUGGUAUCUUAAAAGUCAAAUGGAUUUUAAUGGCGACGGCGCGUAAACUUGUAGGAAUUCAGAUAUGACGUCAUGGUUUUAUCACUAACUCCAUGGAGUUUUUAAACUACGGCGCCCGACAUGGUUCAGUGCUCCAAUAAAUCAGCAAUAUAUUAUUUUCCCGAUUUUUCUAAUUGCCUGUGUCUUAGCGCUUAACUUGGAUCAUGUAUACUGGGCUUAUGACCAUACAAAAAAGAGGAGCAGAGAGCAGUGUACAGUAUGGAAAACUUGGUAAACAAGUAAAUCUCUUGAAAUAUCAUACUUGAGGUUUUCCCUCUCUACACUCAUGGUCUGUGAACAGCACUCAUUGAGUCUAUUUCUCUCGACUGCUUUGCUCUGCUCACAGAUCAGUACUUAAAAUGUGAUUUUGACCAUUAAUUGGUGGAGAUUAGCGUACAAGGAUACGACGAUAUGAGUCCGAUAUUAGCAUUAAACAGGAUUCUCUGAUAACUCACGAGUAACUCCCUCAAGGCUGGAACACAGAUCGCCUAUGUCGCCAAGGUAAGACAUUUUGAAAACUUCAGUGUUUGGGGAUCAUCGUAGAAUUUUCUUUAUUGAACGUCUGUUUUAAUUUUUAACACUGUCUUUCUGUAUUUUUUUUUGUCUGCUUCCUCUAGGCUUAUUUAGCUCUUUUGCUGACUCGUGCAACUUCUGUUCUUCAUUAGGCAGCAUCAUCGUCUUCAAGAGCCUCUCCUGGAAAACCGAAGAAGAAAGCCCCCGUCAGUACCCAGCCUCCCGAGACUCCAGCAGACCUGUUUGAAUACUAUGAUGCUGGGAACCACUGGUGCAAAAGCUGCAAUGUCACCUGUGGUUCCAUGUUCGAUUUUUUCACGCACUUGCACAGCAAAUCUCACCGAAAGGUUUGUGUACUAUUUGUAUAAUGUUCCAAUAAGACUCCAGCUUCAGCAGUUCCGUGCUCAGGAGUUCUGCUGUAGAACCAGUCACAUACGGUACAGACUACAGAGAACAACCAAACCGUCCUUGCUAAGCUACUCAGUAAACAAACGCGUAAGCUAGCUACAGUGUUGCUGAAUGUAGAAGUCUUAUUAAUACAUUUUGCGAGUGAAAGUGGUCAGGUAGCCGUGCUGUUCUUGCAGUUACCAGCAUGGCUGGAGCGCAAGAUGAACAAUAAGAUUGCAUGGCCAGAACUACCGUUUUUAUAAUACAUUAUUAGCUAGCAUAGUGUGAAUGGUUUGGUGAAGGUAUGAUAGAUAGCUAGUCGAGUUUACAUGUAACUUUAUAUUUAAAUUGCUUUCUAAUAAACACUCAGAUGGACUCAUCUCUUUACAGGCUCUGUUACCUAUGAAGUCAGCUAGCUAGUUAGUUAGCUACCUUGAAAAGGAAUGCAGCAGACUCCUGAAUGUGAUGCUGAAAGCCUAUUGGCUGUUCUUGGCAAGGAUCUCUUGAGCACAGAGCUCAGGACUGAUCGGCUGCAGCUGUACCCUUCUUGGAUAUUAAGUCAUACUCAGUGAAUUGAAGAGCUUUUGUUUACUAUCAUGAGUGCUGUCUCCUGUUCCCGUUCUUUGUCCCCCCAUCACUGGUCUGAUUUCCUUUACCUUUUCCAACGUACAUUUUUUUCAUUUGAACUGUUCAGUCCCUUGUAUUUUUACAGCAGAUUGGUUAUGCAUUUUUUUGUUUUGCCACUUUGCAGACUCAGGAUCCUUACAAUCGACCGUGGGCUUCAAGUUCCUCCAACAAUGAGAAGAAUAAGAUUCACUCUUCAGGAGAGAAAAUGACUAAACCUGCUAAAGGUACAAACUUAAAUUUCUGUUUUGUAUUUUUCCCCUUUUCGAAAUAUUUAUUAUGUACUGUUAAAUGUUAGCAAUCGUUUACUGCACAGUUUGCAGACAUUGAAUAUAAAAUAUGCAUAAGAAGUAAGAAAUAAAAAUUGAUUUUUAUAUGCAAUGUAAAGGGGAUCAUAUUUUGGGCAACCUUUAGUCAAUUACAAAUGUCUACAGUGAGUAUCAUACGUAUGCACCCACUUGGAUUUCUUCACAUUUUGUGCUACAAAGUGGAAUUAAAAUGGAUUUGUAUUUUUUUUUUGUCAACGAUCUACAAAAAAUACAUUUAGUCAAUGUCAAAAUAAUUUUAUUUUUUUAAUGUAUGAAAAUGUAAUGCUAAUAUACCUUGAUUAGAUAAGUAUUCACCCUCUUGAGUCAAUACAUGUUAGAAACACCUUUGGCAGCGAUUACAGCUGUGAGUCUUCUUGGGUAAGUCUUUAAGAGCUUUGCACACCUGGAUUGUGCAAUAUUUGCCCAUUAUUCUUUUCAAAAUUCUUCAAACUCUGUCAAGGUGUUCGGGGUCAUGGCUAUACAUCAAUUUUCAAGUCUUGCCAUACAUUUUAAAGUAUAUUUAAGUCAACUAACUUGGCCACUCAGGAACAUCCACUGUCUUCUUGGUAAGCAACUCCAGUGUAGAUUUGGCCUUGUAUUGUAGGUUAUUGUCUCAUCUCCCAGUGUCUGGUGGAAAGCAGCCUGAAUCAGGUUUUCCUCUAGGAUUUUGCCUGUGCUUAGCUCCAUCCUGUUUCUUUUUAUCCUGAAAAACUCCCCAGUCUUUGCUGAUGUCAAGCAUACCCAUACCAUGAUGCGGCCACCACUAUGCUUGAAAAUAACCAGGCAGUUACUCAGUGAUGUGUUGGAUUUGGCCAAAACAUAACGCUUUGCAUUUGGGCCAAAAAGUGUAUUCCUUUGCUGUGUUUUCUUGCACUAUAACUUUAGUGCCUUGUUGCAUACAGGAUGCAUGUUUUGGAAUAUUUUUAUUCUGUAUAUUUAUAUUGUUCUUUUCACUCUGUCAUUUAGGUCAUUAUUGUGGAGUCACUGCAAUGUUGUUGAUCCGUCCUCAGUUUUCUCCCAUCACAACCAUUGAACUCUCUGUAGCUGUUUUAAAAUCACCAAUGGCCUCAUGGUGACAUCCCUGAGCAGUUUCCUUCCUGUCCUGCAGCCCAAUUCAGAAGGAUGACUGUCUUUGUUGUGUCUGGGUGGUUUGGUACAUCAUCCACAGCAUAAUUAUUAAAGAGAUAUUCAGUGUCUGAUUUUGUUAUUGUUACCCAUCUACCAAUCACUGCCCUUUAUGAGGCAUUCGAAAAGCUCCCUGGUCUUUGUAGUUGAAUCUGUGCUUAAAAUUCGAUGCUUGACUGAGGGAACUUACAGAUGUAUGUAUGGGGGACAGAGGAAAGGGGUAGUCAUUCAAAAAUCAUGUCAAUCCCUAUUUUACACACAGUGAGUCCAUGCAACUUAUGUGAUUUGUAAGGCAAAUUUUACUCAUUAACUAAUGUAGGCUUUCCUAAACCAAGGGGGUGAAUACUUAUGCAAUGACUAUUUUUGUUAUUCAUUUGUAAGCAUUUGUAGAAUUUUCUUUUCACUUUGACUAAGGAGUAUUUUGUCUAGAUGAAUGACAUAAAAAUCACAAUUAAAUCCAUUUCAAUCCCACUUUGUAAUGUAAUUUAUUUUGAAAACUUCCAAGGGGGGUGAAUACUUAUGAUAUGGUAUAUAUGUUGAUGUUAUGUGCUUAUGUAUGUUUACUGGAAUGGACCUAAAUGUAAUGACUAUCUACUUUUACAACAGGUUUUCUUCCAUGGAGAGCACAGUAAAGGUAAAAAUCAGUGAUUGUUCCAUGUGGCCAUUAGGUGUUUUUAAAAACGUCUCUCUUUUUCUCUUAUAGGAUCUGAGUUUUUGGUGCCAGUGAGGGGAUAUUAUUGCCAGCUGUGCGAGGAGUUUUGCGGGGAUGCGAUUUGCGCUGAAGAUCAUGCCACGGGUCAAUCUCACAAUGAGAAAUACAAGGUUAGGCCAUUACUAGUUGGGAAUUAUUUCACCAUGACUACAUUAAGGGCGUUUUCAUCUGAAAUUCGGUACUCUGGUUUGGAUUCCUGGAGCGUUUGGGAGAGUUCUACAAAAUGUUUUGCUUUCACAAGAUUUUAAAAUAACUGUUUCAGGGUGCGAUUUGCAAGACGCACAUUCUACAUGAUGUUAGCAAGCUAGCUUGUUUACAACGGGUAAAAAGUGCCAUGCAAAUCGUGCUGCUGUGUCACAAUACCUGGCACUCUGGUCCUGGAUCUUCGACCUACUACUCACGUAGGUCCAGGAUUCAUUUCAGCAAAGGUUAGUUUGUGUUUCAAACAUCAGGGUACCAAAUGCUCCAGGAUCCUGAUCAAAAGUACCCUAAGGCUUUGUUUGGAGAAUGCUUUUGUCAUGCAUUGUCCUCAAGUUAUGUCUUGAACACUACUACUGAAUUUGUUGUCAUUGCUUUGUGCACACAGUAGUCUUUUAUUCUCUACUUUGCAGACAUAUGUACAAAUGGUAUCUGAAAUAAUAUGUAAAAUGUGCUUGAUUGAGCUUUCUGGUGCAAUGGAAAUAACAAAAUAGUCCCACAAAUCUUGCCCUUUUGGCACUCCAGGCAGGCUCGAGCAACAUUUUCAGAUUUGAAAAGAAAUGGCGGAAAAAAUGUCUGACCAGAGUGGAUACAAAUUCAUUACUUUAACUAAUUAUGACAAAUGUUAAGAAAAUGUUGAGCAAUGUGAUAAAGUAAUUACUUUUCAAAUAAGUUACGUUACACGUUAUGUUGGCUGACAAUUUGUUAGCUACGCUAGCCUUACGACCACACGGCAUAUCAUUACAGCAGUUGCUUGUAUGUUAGCUAGCUACCUAACUAACGUUAGUUGGCGACUAAUACAUCGAACUUGCCAGUAUAUUAACUAUAUGCUAUCUAACUACCCAACGUUUAUUGAUUUGAUUAUUUACGCCAUUCUUAGCUAAGUGGUAUAGUCGUUGAGCGUUCUCAAUGGACAUUGUUAAUGAAGUCGUAAGAUGUCUAGCUAGUAAUUUGUUAGCUAUGCUAACAAGCUAGCAAGAAGUUGCAUAGCAACAGCAUCAACUUCCGGUAGACAGGCGAAGCGCUAGUACGCUCAACUGAAAGGAUACCGUUCAUUUACAAGUAUACGAAAAUGAACUAAUAGUAUGUAGUAUAUACUCCUUAAGUAUCUAGUAUACAGUAUGUUAGUAUGGGUAUUCAAACACAGCCAUAGUUCACCUAUAUAAUUACAAAAUUAUAUAUUUGUUUCCUCAAGUAAUCUGCAAACCAAGUUUUGUUUGUUCACCUAGCCACUGUCACAAACCGCUAACUUAGGCAUUUUCUAAAAGUCUCCCAAAGUCUCUAGAUUGUGUUGUUCAAUGACUUGGUUUGAAGUUGAGAGAAUUUUGGGCAUGACAUUGAAAACAUGCUAAUAUUGGUUACAUUGGCUUACAAUUGUUUUUGAUUUGAAAAUGCUAAUGUUAGUGUUUGGUGUCAAUGGCUAGAUAAACUCAAAUCAUAUAUUGCACUCUGUCUUUGUCCAUAAACUGCUUACAAGGUAAGGAAACAAAUGUGUUUUUGGGUGAAAUGUUCCCUUUAAGUCAAAUUUUGGGACAGUUAGUUUACAUUUCACUCUAAUGACUUGCAUAUUUGUUUGGUCCUUCUGCCAGAAACGAAUGUAUGAGUAUCCACUCUACGAACAGAGAAGGAACCUGGAUCGUCAGGCUGGACUCACGUUGGAAGUUAGUGACAAAAAGCACUCUGAGCUUAAACGUAAACACGAAGAGGAAGAGUCCAAAAAGAGCAAAGAGAAGGAGGAAGGGAAACCUAAACGCAGCAAAAAGGACAAGGAAAAGGAGGAGGAGAAGUCCAAACACAAGAAGGAGGAAGAAGAGAAGGCUAAGCACAGCAAAAAGGAAGAGGAGGAGAAGUUAAAAUAUAGCAAGAGGGAGGAUGAGGUGGAGAGGGCCAAGUACAGCAAAAAGGAGGAAGAAGAGAGGUAUUUGUACCGCAAGAGAGAGGAGGAGGAGAGAUACAAACAUGGCAAGGAGGGAGGAGAGAGGCCCAAGUACAGUAAGAAGGAGGAGGAGGAGCGAUACAAGCAUGGCAAUGAGGAGGAGCGGUUCAGAAAUCGCAGGGAAGAGGAAGAGCGGCUCAAAAACCGUAGAGAGGAUGAAGACAGGCCUAGGUUUAGCAGGGUAGAGGAGAGACCCAUGUUUAGUUGGAGGGAUGAUGAGCAGGAGGAAGAGGAAGAGCGGUCCAGAUAUGGUAAGUGGAAAGAGCCCAAUCCCAAAUGCAGCAAGAAAGAGGAGGAGAGGUAUAGAUCAGAGAGGGAGGAAGGGAAACCUAAGAAUGAAAAGGAGGAAAGACAAUCAAGGAAAGAGAAGGGUGGGUGUCAAAGGGAGGAAAAGUCAGGAUCUAGAAAGCAGUCUGAGCCUGAGAAGCCCAGUGAGCCUCCAAAAGUGUUCUGUGGGCCUAAUCCAGCAUUGAGAGCAAAGCUGCGCAAGAAAAGUGAGGAAACUGCCAAAGUGGAGCCAAAGGCUCCAUCUACCUUCGGUAAGUUCAGCUGGAAAAAAAAACAAGAGAAUGAGCUUGCGAAGGAGGCAGAGAGAGUGGCUGCUGAGUUCCUGAAGGAAGAUGAGGUUGAAGAGGAUGACGACCCAGAUGCAUUUUCAAAGUCCUUGGCUGCAGCCAAGAACAUUGCUAUCAAACUGUCGGGGAAGACGGUCAUCUCCCCAACUAAUGCAUGGGUACCCUUCAACUCCGGGAAAAUACGCCCAAACCUCCCUGCUCCUUCCAUGGUCCUGAGAAAGCCCUCUGGACUUGGGCCCUGGGUAUAUGCUAAACCGGCCCCUCUCAACACCUUCCUCUCUAUCAGACCACCCGGUGCCAGUGGAGUGACUCCUCUUCCUGUCAUACAGAACCAGCCUAAAAAGGACCCGGUACUGGCAGCAGACAUAAUUUCCAAGGCGUUCUGUGGUGAGGAAGUAGAUUUGAAAAAGUCAGAAGAUGGUACCGAGAAGCCAGAUCCCACUUCUACACCAGACGAAAAGAAAGCUUCCACAACAGAGUAUUUUAGUCAAGCCCCCACAUCCACUCCUUCAGCAGUGAUGCCCGAGUUCAAGACUCCCCUGCCUCCCCUGACCAUGAUGACCAUGAAGUCUGAUGUAUCUGCACCAGGAGUCCCUGAGAGUGAGCAGAAUGUCCCUGUGAUGGUCACACCCCCUCCUUUCAUGCAGAGACCCCCAAGUGAGGUGAUGAACAAAUCAGAAAAGCCCAAGUCUAAUCUAGCUGCCGCAAAAGCCCAAGAUUUAUUUGACAUAUUUUAUAGCAGCAGUACCACAGCCAGUACCACAUCCAUCACCAGCACUGCCACGGCCACUAAAGCGGUCGUAGAGUCCAAAGCUGCAACAAAUGAUUCAAAGAACAGCGAAGCCUUGGAGACUACGGCCCCACAAACAGAGCAAACCCAACCCGAGCUUCCAGCUCUUGACAACAGUAACACGGUUGAAACCAACAAUCAGGAGUCAAUAGAGACUGAGAGUGGGUUUGACCCGCAGGCCACUAAAGCAGUCGUAGAGUCCAAAGCUGCACCGAAUGAAUCAAAGAACAGCGAAGCCUUGGAGACUACGGCCUCACAAAUGGAGCAAACCCAACCCGAGCUCCCAGCUCUUGACAACAGUAACACAGUUGAAACCAACAAUCAGGAGUCAAUAGAGACUGAGAGUGGGUUUGACCCGCAGGCCACUAAAGCAGUCGUAGAGUCCAAAGCUGCACCGAAUGACUCAAAGAACAGCGAAGCCUUGGAGGCUACGGCCCCACAAACGCCACAAACCCAACCCGAGCUCCCAGCUCUUGACAACAGUAACACAGUUGAAACCGAUACUCAGGAGUCAAUGGAGACUGAGAUUGGGUCUGACCCGCAGCCCAAGGAAGAGACUCCUGAGGAUGCUCCCGUACAACUGGAUAACCCAUCAGAUACUUUGGGUUUCUCAACAGAGACCCUGGAUCUCCCUACAGAAGUGCUGGGUUUAGACCUGUUUGAUUUUAAUCUUGAGUAA